AUGUUUUCGGCUUGUCUCACCUCUCCUCAAUUGGGGACGUUCGUCCAUGGAGGUGUAUCCCCGGGCUCUUUAAGACCCUCGUGCACGCUGGCCAAAUUCAGUUCGAAUGCAAUAACCCCCAUUGAUCAUCAAGGUCCCGCCCGAAGUCAUCAUGCCGGAGCUUUGCUCAGCCAAGAUCGUUGGGUUUUAGUCGGUGGUUGGGAUGGUCGUGGGCGUGUUCGAGAUGUCCAUAUGCUCGAUUUGAACACCAUCACUUGGUCCAGUUAUGCCUUAUGGACCGGUCCUCCGCCCAUAAAUGGCCCUAAUUGCGUGCCUUGUGAGCCACCCGUGGGGUUAAGUGGACAUUCCGUAACGAGAAUCAAUGACCAAUGUCUUUUGGUUAUUGGUCGGGAGGGUGGGAUCAAGACGCAAAGGCGGUUCACUAGCAUCUUUUAUCUGUGGCUGGAUCACGCCCAUCGGACCUAUUUCUAUGCCGAAGGCGGGCUAAACGUCGAUUCGAGAUCCGGUCAUUCGGCUUGGGGCUUGUCGCGAUCUGAGCUAUGUCUUUUUGGUGGUCGACGAAGCGACCCAAUUCAGGUGUUGGAGAUCGGGAUCCAAGAACUCGCGACAUCCAACCAUCCCGAGAUUCUAACUCGAAUCCAAGCCCUGGGAUUGAAGCCUUGGCCCGGGCUAAGGCUGCAUGGAUUGCGAUAUCACGCUUGGAUACGAUUGGCGCCUCGCGUUUUUCUGGUUCACGGGGUUCCCUGA